AAAGGCCCCCGCGUGCGGAGGAUGGUGCGUCUGGCGGCCGAGCUGCUGCUGCUGCUGGGGCUGCUGCUGCUCACCCUGCACAUCACCGUGCUGCGGGGCCGGGCCGCCCCCCCCGGCGCCUCCGACGCCGCCAACGCCAGCCACGGACGGCCGACGAAUAAUCUCAACUUGGAUGCUCACUCUCCUGCCGAGUCGAGUUUCCCACUCCAUGAGGAGGAGCAGAAGGAGUAUCCUGACCACCGGGCAGCACACCGACCAUUCCCAAGACAGCGCUUCAGGCAGGAGAAUGGACACACAGCCUUACAGAGGGAUGGGCCCAGGUCCUUCCUUCUGGAUCUCCCAAACUUCCCAGAUCUGUCCAAGGCAGAUAUCAACGGGCAGAAUCCAAACAUCCAGGUCACUAUAGAAGUUGUGGACGGUCCCGACGGUGACCCGGAGAAAGAUUUGAGCCCAGAGAACAAACCCAGCUGGCCGAUCCCUUCACCGGACUGGCGGAACUGGUGGCAGAGGUCUUCGACGUUGACCCGGGUGAACGGCGGCGACCAGGACUACAAGUACGACAGCACCACCGAAGACAGCAACUUCCUCAAUCCCCCCGGGGGGUGGGAUCGCCAGGCACCCAGCCACCGGACCUUCGAAACCAAAGAACAGACAGAGUAUGAUUACAUCGAUGGGGAAGGAGACUGGAGUCCCUGGUCGCUGUGCAGCGCAACCUGUGGGGGCGGGAAUCAGAAGCGAACCAGAUCCUGUGGUUAUUCCUGCACUGCCACCGAAUCCAGGACGUGUGAUAGACCCCGCUGCCCAGGAAUUGAAGACACUUUCAGGACGGCUGCCACAGAAGUGAGCCUGCUCGCAGGAAGCGAAGAGUUCAACGCCACCAAACUUUUUGAAGUUGACAUGGACAGCUGCGAGAGGUGGAUGGGCUGCAAAAGCGAGUUCCUAAAGAAGUACAUGCACAAAGUGAUCAACGAUCUCCCCAGCUGUCCCUGCUCCUACCCCACAGAAGUCGCCUACAGCUCGGCCGAGAUCUACGACCGGGUCAAGCGGAAAGAUUUCCGCUGGAAGGACGCCAGCGGGCCGAAGGAGAAACUGGAGAUCUACAAGCCGACCGCAAGGUACUGCGUGAGGUCCAUGCUCUCCUUAGAAAGCACGACGUUGGCGGCCCAGCACUGCUGCUACGACGACAGCAUGCAACUCAUCACGAGGGGGAAGGGAGCCGGGACCCCAAACCUGAUCAGCGUCGAGUUCUCUGCGGAGCUCCAUUACAAAGUGGACGUCUUACCCUGGAUCAUCUGUAAGGGGGACUGGAGCAGGUAUAACGAAGCCCGGCCCCCAAACAAUGGUCAGAAAUGUACAGAAAAUCCUUCAGAUGAAGACUAUUUCAAGCAGUUUCAGGAAGCCAGAGAAUACUGAAGGGCUACACCCUCUCUGAGAGGGGGAUGGGGAUAAACCAUUCUCUUAGCGCCUAGGACGCCAACGAACUGAGCUGCUGGAAAUGGGGUCAGUGAGGGGUCUCUCUCCAAUAUAGCUGUAUAUUUGUAUAUAUUACAUGUGUAUUUUUCAAAAGUUACAGUAUGGGUGUGUAUAUACCCAUGUGACUCUAUUAUAUAGAUCAGGCACACCCUAUACCCAUACAGAGAGACUAGAGGUUUUCCCAAGGGAAAUAUAUGCUAUUGCCAAACAUAGCUUGAAGGGGAAGAAUGGGUUGGAAGAAUAAACCCUUUGGUUGUUCUUUCGCCCCUGGUGCUCCGACCUAAUGUUCAGAGUGCGGUGAAGGUGAAGGGAAGAGAAAUCGAAGCAUUAUAAAUCAUUUUUCUAGGUAACUUAUUCACUACGAAUGUGACGCUCAUAACCUUAUCUCUGGAACUGUAUUCUUGGAAGUAUUUAGUCACAUCUCUGAGAGAGGAGUUCAUGUGGGGGCAGGGGAGGGAUUUGGGGAGGAAAUUCGAAGAAAAGAAAAAUCCCAAACCCCAGAUUAGAAAUACCAAAGAAAAUAAUUCCAAAGAAAUAUUUUUUCAAUUAAAUAGCACCUUGUUGAGGUCCUGGCUUGUGAACUCAGUUUGCUUCAGUGAUGCUCACCAAUCACGGGGCUGUGUUGCAACGGGAUCAGGCUUAAGGCUUGGGUUCACGUAUCCAGAUGCACAGAAUCCAAAGUCAAAGGCCAAAAUUUGCAUCAUCUGUGGACUCUACCAAAAGUUUUACCGGCAUGAAAAUGCAUCCUUCUAGCACAUUUCUGAGUGAAUAAUAAAAAACCUUACACAUUUCUACCUUAAAAGUACAAAGUAGAACAUUGUUUUUAACAAAAUCACAAUUUUUGUGUGCGUACAUCAUUCCACCUCACUCUUUUUCCCCUCCACCAGCAUGUUCCCAAAGCACAGUUUGCAACAAAAAUUGUUUAAAGAAGGGCUUGGGGCUGGGGAUCAGGAAUGUUUUAAUGUUUAAAGAAAAUACCUGCAUUAUUUUUGUAAAGUAUUUAUUAAGUUGUAGUUAUGUCUCAUGCGAUGGGCAUUUUGAAUAUGAUCUGCUUCUGUAGGGUGGAAUUCAGUGCAAGUGAAGAAAAGAUUUAUAGGCAAUAUUGAACUUGCAAAACUAAGAAAAGAGAAUUUAUAAAUAAAAUCAUAAUUAAACCUGUUCCCUGCAUUCUUACGGUAUUUUAAACCAAAAAAAACCCACACUAUUUUAAAAAGCAUUAACCAAGUAUAAAGAAACUAAGGCUUUAAUCAAGAGGCUAACAAGGAUGUAUACAUUGUGGGUUAGUGUUAAAAUAAUGCUGUAGAACUAUGUUGCUUAGCAUACUGAGCUUCCAGCCAGCAGCCCAAGAAGAGACUCUGCCAAUUCUCAGCGAGUUACCAUAACGGUGGACAGCCGAAACAUGAAUCAUGGAAAUCUCCAAACUCUUCAAUCUCGGGUGCCAUUUUAUGUGCCUUCAAUUAUUUACAACCAAAACUUUGUGAUCCUACCUGGAGAGAGGUCAGAUUCCCCAUCUGCACCCUCUUUUGGUCCUCUUCCAUCCCCUCCUUUGUGUCUCUCCUGGAGCAGAAGAAGAUGGAUGAUAAUAGUAAUGAAGCUACCUAUUUAGCUCUUACUUUGUGCUGCUAGGUCAUGAGCUAGGAACAAGACGGUCAGAUCAGACGCAAUCCCUGACCCACAGAGUGAGUGAGCAGAUAUUUUAUCCCAAUUGUGCAAUGAAGAAACCGAGGUUCAGAGAAGUCGAGCAGGUCAGUGGCAGAGUAAGAAUUAGAAUCAUUCUCCUAUCUCCCAGUCCUUUUCUCUUACCACUUGGCCACCACUGGCUUUCUUUUCUGAAAAUCCGGAUUUUUCACACUGGCAGAAGUUGUCCUGGUUUACAGAGGAAGCUUGCUUCAUCUGACUCCGUGUGAGCACUCCUCCUAAACCAGCCCAUGUGCAUUUAUAUAUUUCCCCAGGGUCUAGGUGUUGCAUUGUUAAGGAAAUCAAAGCCCUUGUUAUAAGCAGUUGAUUCAUCUGCAAAACAUCCUAGGGAGAUCCAAGAGGGACGAGGUACGUUGUGUUCCCUGUAAACCACGACAGAAACAACCAUGGCCAAGGCAUGCUGGGACUAGUGGAGCAAUUGGACUAAGCUAUUUAAAAGCUGCCAUUUGCAAUGGGACAAUCUAGAACAAUGUGUAAUUCCCCAGAGUGUUAACAACAUGCCACUCCUUGGGGCGGGGUGAGGGGGGGAUCGUUGCCGAAGGUUUUAAACUCUUACGUUCUUACCUUUGCCUCUCCUCCCGAAAUAGCAUCCCACUGCCCUGCCGGUUCGCUUCUUGGGUGUCCCAACAUGAGCAGCGGAGGGUGGCUGGACAAACAGAAAGAGACACAAAUUGUCCUCUACUGGCUGCCAUCAGCUGGACUCUAGGCCAGAGGAGAAAAAUCAAUUGCUUUGUCGGGGGGCAGCAGGUGAGAACAUGUGAGAAAUUAAUGAGAAUAUGACUGAUUAAAGAAAAAACAAAUCUA